GUGGUGUGGUGGGAGCGCGACUGCUGGUCCGCGCCUCCCUCGCGCGCCGCCCAACUGCUGGACGCGCUGCUGUCACACUGGUCGACCUCCAACGCUGGAUCGCCUUCCGGCCUCGAAGACGAGGAUCCACUUUUGAGCCGUGGCUACGCCAUGCUGAUGGCGCUGCGUGAGUGGCUGCCCGUCCCACGCUCCCAGCCCCGCCCCCACGCACACCCGCGUCCACUGGCUCGCCGCCGCCGGCGUCCUCGCCCACGCCCCAGCGUCAACCCCUUCGCCAGCGCCGGCGCCAGCACCAGCACACGUGCCAGCACCAGCGCCAGCGUCAGCACCAGCGCCAGCACCAGCGCCAGCACCCGCGCCAGCGCCAGCACCAGCGCCAGCACCAGCGCCAGCAUC